AACGCAAAUCUCAUCAAACUUGAUUUAUUCAUGACAUAACUAGUCAGAGGCAGUUGUGCUGGUGUUGACUGGUUAAAAACGGCUAAAAAAAUCGUGUGUCGCGACGUUUAAAAUAAUUAGAGCUCGCCAAUACCGUUUAGAGCGUCCGCAUUCGUCGAAACCAGCCGGCAAUUCUUGUGAAACGUGUGUCUUCUUCAGUCGUGCCUUAAUCUGCUGAAGAAAUGAGUAGUGGCCUGGACGUGUUGAGUGGCUCUUUGCGAGUGCGAAAUAGUACUUACAAGGGCUCUCGCAGCGUGAACAACCUGAAAAACUGUCGGAAUGAUGAAGUGAAGUCCUGUCCUAGUGUGAUGUCGGCCGAGACCAAAAGGCUGCUACCACCGAACACCGAAACCGUCCAAACAAAACCGUUCCCCAUUAGAGGGGAACGAGCGAAUUAUGUCAACAGUCCGCACGUUAUCGCUAUGGUGGGCCUGCCGGCCAGAGGCAAAACGUACAUUUCCAAGAAACUUUCACGCUACUUGAACUGGAUUGGCAUCAAUACCAGAGUGUUCAAUUUGGGCGAAUAUCGGAGACAUGCAACCUCAGCCUACCAAAGCCAUGACUUCUUCCGACCGGAUAAUGCCGAGGCGAUGGCAAUACGCGCUCAAUGCGCCAUCGAGGCCCUCAAAGACGUUUGCCAAUGGUUGGAGAAUGGCGGAGAAGUGGCAGUGUUCGAUGCGACCAAUUCAACGCCAGAGCGCCGAAGAGUUAUUCAGGAUUAUGUGGUGAACAAGAUGGGGUUCAAGCUGUUUUAUGUGGAGUCGAUAUGCGAUGAUCCUCAAAUCAUUGAACAAAACAUCAUGGAGGUGAAAAUUAGCAGCCCCGACUACGCCAACAUGAACAAGGAGGCUGUUCUUGAUGAUUUCAUCAAAAGGAUCCAGCACUACCAGGAGAAAUACUCUCCCUUAGACGAGGAGAAGGAAAGUGACGUGUCGUUUAUGAAGAUUUACAAUACUGGGGAAAAAGUUGUGGUGCACAAGCAUGAGGGCCACGUACAGGCCAGAAUAGUCUACUAUCUGAUGAACAUCCACAUCACUCCCAGAACAAUCUAUUUGACCAGACAUGGGGAGAGCGACCACAAUCUCAUUGGGCGCAUUGGGGGCGACUCCAACCUGAGUGGCAGAGGGCGACAAUACGCCAACGCUCUAUCCGAUUAUAUUCAUGAGCAACAAAUCGAAGGACUGCGGAUUUGGACUUCCUGGCUCAAAAGAACCAUUCAAACUGUGUCGGGCUUGGAUGUGCCCCAAGAAAGAUGGAAAGCCUUGAAUGAAAUUGACGCUGGCGUCUGUGAAGAAAUGACCUAUGAAGAAAUCAAGGAGCGAUUUCCAGAGGAGUUUGCCUCGCGCGACCAAAACAAGUUUGCCUACCGGUAUCCAAGAGGCGAAAGCUACGAGGAUUUAGUUGCCAGGCUUGAGCCAGUGAUCAUGGAGCUGGAGCGACAAGGCAACGUCUUGGUUGUGUCUCAUCAAGCAGUCUUGCGAUGCCUCUUGGCCUAUUUCUUGGACAAAUCAGCAGAUGAGUUGCCCUAUUUGAAGGUGCCGCUUCACACGAUAAUGAAAUUGACUCCCGUGGCUUACGGAUGUCGCGUAGAACAUAUUACAUUACCAAUUGGUGCUGUCGAUACUCAUCGUAGCAAACCUAAGGAACCAGGCCAAUGUUCAUCUGCCGAAAUUACUACCAAAGAAUAAUCUUGAAAUCGACUAUCUGAAAUUAACUUACUUAUCAAAUUUGUAUCAAAAUUACACACUUUGAUUCAGAUUCAGUUGAAGUUUAGCAGCAUUUGGUCUGUUUCCUCUACUUAGUGCAGCUAAUUCUGUACAUUUUUUACGUUUUACGUUAACUCACAAGGCCAUAUACUGUACUGUGUUACUAAUAAAUGCUUAUAUUAGGUGAAAAACCAGUGCCAUGUUAAAUAGGCUGUCGAUAAAUAACAUUAAUGAGCUUUUAACCAGCAGCACAGAAUAGAAGAGACUGAUCAUGACAAAUGUGAAUCUGAGUGUUUCAAAACCAAUCCUUAACCACUGCUCUCAAUGUUCUCUAUUUAAUGAACACAUGUAUUUUGCAUGCUUAACUAUUUAUAUUCUAAAUGUAAUAUCUUGAAGUUUUGUAUUAUAAAAUGGUGGUGUAUAAAGACUUAUUUUUGAGGACCUAUUAUGUAGAUUUAUCUCUUAUAAGGCGAGUGUUUUAAUUAGUGAUUAGUAGUGUUUCAUCAAGUAUUUAAAGAAAAUUAGUUCACUUGGGGGUUGGCGGGUUUCAUCACUAAUUGAAAAUCAAAGCUUAUACAAUUUCAGGAUGUGUUUAAGGCGAAGCUAUUUUGAAAAUAGUCAGCAUUCAUUAAAGUUGCUACCAUUGGAA